AUGGAAACAUUCAUCAGGCAUUUUGUUCAUCAAUCCUUGUCCUUCCAUCUUCAUGAAAAUGCAAUUUUUCUAUGUGAAAGAUUGUUUGCGGAAAGCCCAUCAAUCCCUCACCUGUUAUUGAUGGCCCAAACAUAUUUUGAGUCGGGACAAUAUAAAAGUAUCUUUUAUUUAUUUUCUUUAUGUUGUAUUAAAUUGGAACACUACAGUGAUGCUGAAAGAUAUUUGAGGAAAUGUCACGAACAUAAUGAAAAUAACGCUAUUAUUAAUUAUUGGCUUGGAAUAGUCUACAAGUUGACUUGUAGAAAAGAGUUGGCAAUUUAUCACUUCCAUAGAAGUGUCACUCUUUGUCCAAUGUUAUGGACUGCCUACGAACAACUAACCCAACUAGGAUAUGACAAAGUAGAAUCGGAUGGAUUGUUUGAUUCCAACAAGGCCACUUCACUUUUUGAAAGAUUUUCUCAAAUGUAUUCUAAUUUAACUGGAAACCAACCAAAUAGUCUUACCAAUAUUCCUUUGAUGCCCAAUUUUAAUUUUACUCCAAUGCAAAACACAGGCACUGAAUUUAAUUCUAAUCCACUUAUUGAUCGUGACACAAUUAUGGAUCAGCCAUUUAUUCAACUUUCAAAUGAUCAUGCAGGAAUUUCAUCUACCCCAAGCAAAUCAAAAUCAGGAAAUGACUUGAUAAGCUCCAAUAUAAUCAAUACAUCCACUGCUAAAACACCAAACAUCUCAUCAACUAAAAGCAAAACUAGAACUAGUAUAGGAAGUGCUUCAAGAAGUAGUUUAGGAAAUGAUCUACUCAAUAGCACUUCAACACAACAAACUCCAAAUUCAUUCUUCUAUAGAACUCCUUCUCCUCAACAGUCUCCUUCCUCAAUUAUUAAUCACCCACCAGUGUUAGCUCAAAAACCAAAACCUCCAAGAAAGAGCCAAACCAUCACUGGAGUCACAACAAAGAAAAUAUCAUUCGACUCUGCCGAUAAAAAGCUAGGAAGAUCAAGUAUUACAAGCUCGAGUAGCGAAGCAUCUCCACAAAGACCAUACCAAAGAGAUUCUCUGCCUAAUCAACCAGAAUUAAUUUUGAGUGCAACAACACCUCUUCCAUCAAUUCCUUUGGAUCCAAGUUCUGUAUCAUUCCCUUCCUUCAGCACAUGGCAGUCAACAUUUUCAUUUAAUUAUAAGAAAGUUACUGUAAAUGAUGUAAGGGCAAUACUCUCCCUCCUUUAUGCACAUGCCAUACCAUACAAAUUCUUUUCCCAAUACAAAGGAAAGGAAGCCAUAGAGGCUUUCGAAAGACUUCCUCCAAAACAUUAUCAAAGUGGGUGGACGUUACAACAUGUGGGAAGAUCUCAUUUCGAGAUGGCUCAAUAUGAAGAUGCAGAAACUGCAUUCGAAAAGAUACAAAUGAAUGAGCCAUACAGAUUGGAAGGAUUGGAAAUAUACAGCACCAUAUUGUGGCACUUGAAAAAAGAUAAGAAGCUCAGUUAUCUUGCUCAACAUAUGAGUGAAAUUGAUAAAAUGGCACCACAAACAUUGUGUGCCAUCGGUAACUGUUUCAGUCAACAAAAGGACCAUGAGACAGCCUUAAAAUUCUUCGAACGAGCUACAAAAGUUAAUAAUCUUUUCACCUAUGCCUAUACAUUAGCUGGCCAUGAAAGAGCUGCAAAUGAUGAUUUGGAUGGUGCAUUACAAUGCUAUAGACAUGCAAUUAGAAUAGAUGACAGACAUUAUAAUGCAUGGUAUGGUAUUGGCACAGUUUACUUUAGACAGGAAAAGUAUCAAUUGGCUAUGUAUCAUUUCUCCAAAGCCAUCAGUAUUAAUUCUAAGAGUUCAGUACUCUAUUGUUAUGCGGGUAUGGCAGAAGCUGCCUGUAAUCACUUUGAGUCAGCAAUUAAAAUGUUCACUUGUGCCAUCAAGAUUCAUCCACAAAACCCAAUGCCCAAAUUUAAGAAAGCUAAUGCCCUCAUAUCACUCCAAAAGUAUAACGAAGCACUGGAAGAAUUGAAAGAACUGAAGCAUAUGGUUCCAAAAGAAUCUCAAAUUUACUUUACAUGUGGUAAAAUUUAUGCCUCCAGAAAGCAGAAAGACCUGGCUUUGUAUGAGUUUAAUAUUGCUCUCGAUUUAGAUGGCUCUAAAGAAAAUCCUCUCAUUAAAGAAGCUAUUGCAAAGCUCUAUGAGAUGGAUGAUGAAAAACUUGAAGAAUAAAGACUUUUUAUAUCAUUGUC